AUGACACGGGAGCAGGUGUGGGAAAUGUACGGUGGAUUCUUGAUUGAAUAUACUAUGGAAAUUGGAUGGGACGACCUAAUUCGCUCGAUGAGUCCGAACCUGAAGGGUUUCCUCGACAACCUGGACUCUCUCCAUUAUUUCAUUGAUCAUGUCGUAUACAAAGCCAAUCUCCGUGGGCCGUCUUUUAGGUGUGAGGACAACCCCGAUGGAAGCAUCACUUUGCACUACUAUACCGGGAGGCCUGGGCUAUACCCAAUUGUGAAAGGUGUCUUGCGUGAAGCAGCCAAGCGUGUAUUCAAGCUCGAUAUUGCUCUAACAAUCACUGGUCGCACACAAAGAAGUGUACAAAUGGCCACUGGAGAAAGAAUCGAAGAGCAUGUCAUAUUUUUGAUCAAGACUACAAGCACCCAAGAAGAUGGGACAGAUUCACUAGGGAAUGCGAGGCAACUCCCGCAGCAAGGAAACGAUUUCAAAAUUCGUCUAACCAACGAGGACUUUAUUUCAACAUUUCCAUACCAUUUUGUGAUCGAUCAGGAUUGCAAACUUGUACAAGUGGGAAGGGAGCUAUACAAACAUGUCCCUCGAGAUCUUCUGCUCCCUGGCACACCGCUGAUUCGCGUGUUCGAAAUUACUCGUCCACAGAUUCCAUUGGAUUUUGAUUCGAUCUGCAAUUUCAUCAAUGCUGUCUUUGUACUGCAAGUGAAAACGACUCCUAUGGAAUUUCAGAAAAGCGUGACCAAAAGGAACAGCCAAGUGCUGGAUGAGUAUGUUUACUGGAUCUAA